AUGGCGGAGCUCACGUUGGACGAGACACGAAAGCGCGACGAGCUGCCACAUAUAGACUCGUACGUUAUUCCUGUGUUCUUUCACAAUCUGUCCGGUUACGAUGCCCACUUUAUUAUCAAGGAUAUCGCCAACAGCUUCGAGGGUAGAAUCGAUCUAUUACCAUUCACCAAAGAGUCGUACAUAUCGUUCACGAAAAAUGUGAGUGAAGGCGUUAACUGGGGAAACUGCGCGAAAUUGCGAUUCGUGGAUUCGUUCAAAUUUCUCAGCACCAGUCUCGAGAAAUUGGCGUCGUAUAUCGAUAAAGACAAACUGAAAAUCAUGCGUUCGGAAUUUUCAGAACUGAGCGAAAGCGAUUUCGACCUGCUCACGCGUAAAGGUGUAUUUCCGUACGAGUACGUCGACGGCUUCGAUAAGUUGCUGGUGACGGAAUUACCGCCCCGCGAGGACUUUUACAGUUCGUUGACCGGUGAGACCGCGAGCGAGAGCAAUUACGAGCACGCGCGGAACGUCUGGCGUUGUUUUCGCGUGAGAAAUCUCGGCGAGUAUAGCGAUCUGUAUCUCAAAACGGACGUGCUUCUCCUAGCGGAUAUCUUCGAAAAUUUUCGCGACACCUGUAUCGACACUUACAGACUGGAUCCCGCGCAUUACUACAUCCUACCGGGAUACACGUGGGACGCAAUGCUGAAGUACACGGGGGUGCGAUUCGAAUUGCUCACCGAUAUUGACAUGGUAAUGUUCGUGGAGCGCGGUAUCCGCGGCGGUCUGAGUCAAUGCUCCAACAGGUACGCGCGAGCCAACAACAAAUACAUGCGAUCGCACGACUCUUCGCAACCGUCGACGUAUCUCAUGAACUUCGACGUGAACAAUCUGUACGGUUGGGCGAUGUGCAAACCGUUGCCGUACGCGGACUUUCAAUGGGUCGACGACGCGGAGAGUCUCGACGUAAUGUCCGUGAAGUUGGACUCCGCUAUCGGUUACAUCUUGAAGGUCGAUCUUGCGUACCCGCAUGAACUCCACGACGCCCACGCUAACCUUCCGUUCUGCCCGACGCGCGAUAAGCCUCCCGGAAAACGGUGCAAUAAACUCCUCGCCACUCUGCGCGAGAAGUCGCGCUACGUGCUGCAUUACCGUAAUCUACAGCAAUGCGUGCGAUACAGAUUGUGCGUCACGAAGAUUCACCGCGCGCUUCGAUUCGCGCAAUCUCCGUGGCUUCGGAGAUACAUAGAGCUUAAUACGGGAUUCAGAGCUCGCGCUAGCAACGAUUUUGAGAAAGAAAUUCGAACCGUCUUCGCGGAGAAUCUGAUCGCCGUCGAGUUGCGCAGGCUCGAGGUGAGGUUGAACAAACCCAUCUACGUCGGUAUGUGCAUUCUCGAGAUAUCCAAGACGCGCGUCUACGAUUUUCAUUACGAUUACAUGGUGCCGCUGCAUCGCGAAAGGUGUAAGAUAAUGUACACGGACACCGACAAUCUCAUAUAUUUUCUCGAGUGCGACGACGCGUACGAGGAUAUGAAACGCGACAUCGCGAGAUUCGACACGAGCGGCUAUCCCGAGGACAACGCGUAUCGCAUGCCGCGCGUCAACAAGAAGAUACCCGGUUUGAUGAAGGACGAGAACGACGGCGCGGUGAUGACGGAAUUCGUUGGACUGAGGUCGAAAAUGUACGCCUUGAGGGUCGAGGGAAAGAGCGACACGAAAAAAAUAAAGGGCAUCAAGAGAAACGUGGUCGCGAGAACGAUAACGUUCGACGAUUACGUGUGUUGUCUGAACGACGCGAUAAGGCAGUUUAGGCGUCAGUCGUGUAUUCGUUCGACUGCACACGAGGUGCACACCGUGUCCGAGUUGAAACUCGCUCUCAGCCCGUACGACGACAAGCGAUACGUCGUUCCCGACUCGUACGACACUCUACCGUGGGGGCAUUACAAGAUACCGCCGUGA